GCGAGAGCGGCGGCGCGCGCAAGUGCGCGUGUGAGCGAGCUAAAGAGCAGGCGGGCGGGCGAGUGCGCCGGGUAUUGGCAGCUGAGGAGUGGAGGCUGGGCGGCUCCGACUCCCUGACGCCAGCGCGACCAGAUCAAUCCAGGCUCCGGGAGCGAGCGAGCGAGUGUGCGAGCGAGCGGGCGGGCGGGCGGAGGAAGGAGAGGCCGAGCCGCUGAGCCCGGGCCGAGGCGUGGGGAGGGACCCUGCGAGCGCAGCUCCCGGCCGGCCGGACCGGGGUCGCGGGGGACCCCGCUCGCCCGGCCAACUCGUGCGCCCUCGUGGACAGGCGCGCAGCCAACCCGGUGCUGACUUUGGGUUACUUUUGGAAACACUAGGAAUGGUGAUUUCUGCUUUUCAGGACCUCAGCACGAAGAAGCUAAGGAGAAUCCUAUGUAAAUAAAGUGAAACCUCUUCUGCUGUCCUUUCACAUUUGGGGACAUCUUUCUUUCUCCAUCCACAAGGAGUGUACGUGGUGCCAUCAUGAACGUGACAAGUUUGUUUUCCUUCACAAGUCCAGCUGUGAAGAGACUUCUUGGGUGGAAACAGGGUGAUGAAGAAGAAAAAUGGGCAGAGAAAGCUGUUGAUGCUUUGGUGAAAAAACUGAAGAAAAAGAAAGGUGCCAUGGAGGAACUGGAAAAGGCCUUGAGCUGUCCGGGGCAGCCCAGUAACUGUGUCACCAUUCCCCGCUCCCUGGACGGCAGGCUGCAAGUUUCCCACCGGAAGGGGCUGCCUCAUGUUAUUUACUGCCGUGUGUGGCGCUGGCCCGACCUUCAGAGCCACCAUGAACUAAAACCACUGGAAUGCUGUGAGUUUCCUUUUGGUUCCAAGCAGAAGGAGGUGUGCAUCAAUCCCUACCACUAUAAGCGAGUAGAAAGCCCUGUUCUUCCUCCAGUACUGGUUCCAAGACACAGUGAAUAUAAUCCUCAGCACAGCCUCUUAGCUCAGUUCCGGAACUUAGGACAAAAUGAGCCUCACAUGCCACUCAACGCCACUUUCCCGGAUUCUUUCCAGCAACCCAGCAGCCAUCCGUUUCCUCACUCUCCCAGUAGCAGUUACCCAAACUCUCCUGGCAGCAGCAGUAGCACCUACCCUCACUCUCCGACCAGCUCAGACCCAGGAAGCCCCUUUCAGAUGCCAGCCGAUACACCUCCACCUGCUUAUCUGCCUCCUGAAGAUCCCAUAACCCAGGAUGGCUCUCAGCCCAUGGACACAAAUAUGAUGGCGCCUUCACUGCCCUCAGAAAUCAACAGAGGAGAUGUUCAAGCAGUUGCUUACGAGGAACCAAAACACUGGUGCUCUAUUGUCUACUACGAGCUCAAUAAUCGUGUAGGUGAAGCUUUCCAUGCCUCCUCCACGAGCGUGCUGGUGGAUGGUUUCACCGAUCCUUCCAACAACAAGAACCGUUUCUGCCUUGGGCUGCUCUCCAACGUCAACCGGAAUUCCACUAUCGAAAACACUAGGCGACAUAUCGGGAAAGGAGUUCAUCUUUAUUAUGUUGGAGGCGAGGUAUAUGCCGAAUGCCUCAGUGACAGUAGUAUCUUUGUGCAAAGUCGGAACUGCAACUACCAUCACGGAUUUCAUCCCACUACUGUUUGCAAGAUCCCUAGUGGGUGUAGUUUGAAAAUUUUUAACAACCAAGAAUUUGCUCAGUUACUGGCACAGUCUGUGAACCAUGGCUUCGAGACAGUCUAUGAGCUCACAAAAAUGUGUACUAUUCGCAUGAGCUUUGUGAAGGGUUGGGGAGCAGAAUACCACCGCCAGGAUGUUACUAGCACCCCCUGCUGGAUUGAGAUCCAUCUGCAUGGCCCCCUCCAGUGGCUGGAUAAAGUUCUUACCCAGAUGGGUUCACCUCAUAAUCCUAUUUCAUCUGUGUCUUAAAACGGCCUCGGGCUUCUGCCUCUUGAAAACUAUUGAGCCUUGCAUGUACUUGAAGGAUGGAUGAGUCAGACACCAUCUGAACUGACAAAGGAGCCUUGAUAAUACUUGACCUCUGUGACCAACUGUUGGAUUCAGAAAUUUAAAAACCUGGGUAACAUACUGUUGAUAUCAAGAACCUGUUUAGUUUACAUUGUAACAUUCUAUUGUAAAAUCAACUAAAAUGCAUACUUUUAGCAGGACUUCGUGUAUAGUUAAAGGAGAGAUGGCCCAGCCAGGGACAAAUCAUCUAUUGGAAAAACGGUCCUAAGAGAUUCUAUUGUGUUUGGCACUUUAAGGCCAUCGUUUGGCAGAAGCUGAGCAUUGAUAGUCUUUCUGACGUGUGUUUUUAUCAGGUUUAGAGCCCAUGUGGAGUCUUCUCGCCUGGGUUUUCAUAAUAUUUUAAAACUAUUUGUUUAGUAAUGGUUUUUGUUUGUUCGUUUUUUUAAGUAAAGGUUAAUCUUGGUGAUAUACAUAGUAAUCUUUCUAAAACUGUAUGCUGACCAUAAUGCCGUCAGAAUAAUGUUAGGCAUAUGCUCUUUGCUAAAUAUGUGUGUACAGAAUAUUUGGAAGUUAAGAAUUGAUUAGACUAGUGGAUUUAGGAGUAUUGGGGGGCGGGGGGAGAGGGAAAUGACAAAUGUAGAAUAUACUGUAAAAAUUCAGUUUGUUGGUUUAAAGAAACAAACUGAUGUCUGAACUUUGCUGUGUUUCAAUUUUUUUAGAGAUUUUAUCCUACCUUUUUUUGUUUUCCAUCUUCUGUCCCAUCCUCUCCGAAAAACAGUUAUGCAGCUGGUUAAUUCAUAUAACUGUGAGAGCAAAUGAAUAAUUCCUGCUAUUCUGAAACUGACUGCCUGUAUGUUUCAGUACCAAUUGUAUGGAGUGCUUGAAUGUAAUAAGGAGUUUUUAUGGAGUUUACAACCCAGAAAUAGGCUUUAAUUUUCAAGUGAAUUGUUUGCCAAACCUAGUAACUCUUAAAUAUUUGGAGGAUUUAAGGAACCAUCUCAGUUUAAAUCCAUUUCAGACUUUUUAAGUUUUUUUGUACUAUGUUUGGUUUUAUUUUUCUUCUGCUAAUCUUUUAUAUUCACUUAACGCUCUCGUACAUUGAGGACUUUUAUUCCAAAACUAGUGGGUUUUCUCUACUGGAAAUUUUAAAUAAACCUGUCAUUAUUGCUUACUUUGAUUA